UCAGGGAGGAUGUGUUAUAUUUAUGGAUAGUUUUUUUUCAGUGAUUUAUUCGUGAAUGACAAUGAAAAUUUGAACUUUAUGUGAUUGUGUUUUGAUGGAUACUCGUAUAGUGAUUUGAAGUGACCUUUAUUUAGGUACUUCUAAUUGUUUAAAAUGAAAUCCACCAACAUGGACACUUGCUCCGACCGUCUAAGUCCAUCCAGUGACCUGACAAGCGAAUCCGAAACUUCACUCCCGUCGUUCACGUAUGAACAGCAAAACGGCAACUUUUACCAAACGGAAAUAAACGAAAAACAAUAUUAUUCGUGCAACAAACAAAAAACACCAAGGAGCGAUGACAGAAAAGAGGUUUACCUACAGGAGAGUAAUAAAAACUCUUUCGAAAAUUAUCUAUGCCCGAGAAGCAAGAAAUAUUUGAAUUUCGAAUUGAAAUUACCGCCGAUCAACGACGCGAACUUUUUCUCGCAAAUUGUGAACGAAGACAGAACGCGCCCUUACAUUAAUGACGUGCCAAAGAGUUGGGUACAAAAUGAAAACAAUCCGAAUUUAGUUGAGAUAGAAAUAAACAAUCAGCUUGAAAAUGUGAACGAGAGAGCGAGACAGUCGUAUUUCGCUGAUGAUAAUAAUUCAAGGAGGUUUAUAAACUUCAAUUCGGAACAGGUGAUUUGUGUGUGCGAGGCUUUAUUGCAGAAGGCGGAUAUUGAGAAGUUGGCAGAUUUUUUGUGGAGGCUGCCUGAUAGCGAGUUACUUAGACCAAUUGAAACUCUACUGAGGGCUCGUGCAUUGGUCGCUUACCACCACGGCAUCUAUCGAGAACUCUACGCCAUAUUGGAAACUCACAAAUUCUCUAUUGACUACCACAAAGAGUUGCAGAUUCUAUGGAUGGACGCGCAUUACAAAGAAGCUGAAAAAGUCAGAGGAAGAGCUUUAGGAGCAGUAGACAAAUACAGACUCAGGAAAAAGUACCCCUUGCCAAAGACAAUCUGGGACGGCGAAGAGACGGUGUAUUGUUUCAAGGAGAAGAGCAGGACUGCUCUCCGAGACUGCUAUUAUAGGAAUAGGUACCCCAACCCUGAUGAAAAGCGCGCUCUGGCGAGGAAGACAGGCCUCACCCUCACGCAGGUCUCCAACUGGUUCAAGAACCGCCGCCAGAGGGACCGCACUCCGCAGCAACACAACAGUAGACCGGAAAUGUUGGUACCCGCACAAUAUGUUGGCUCUCAAAGUGGAUUAGCCCAGUCUUUUAUACCCAACGCGUAUUAUAAACUACAGGAUGGACAUUAUUUGCAUGGAAAUGCACCUUAAGCUUAUGUUGCCAUACUUAUCUUGAUACGAUUACUUAUAUUUUGGUAGUUUUUGUUUUGUAAAAUGCAAUUUUAGAAAUAAAAGAUUAUAUUAUUUUAUAAGAAAUGUGUAACCCCGCUCUCGAACCACCUUUAUUUCAUAGCUAUAUUAUUACAUUGUAAUUAAUUUCUAUUUUUAUUAUAGGAAAGAAAAUUGUACAGUAAAAUUUGUUAUCUUCUUGUUUUGUGGGAAUUAACUUGAAUUGGAAUUAAUGUUUAUUUUGAAAAAAACAGACAAUCUUAAGCCGAAAAAUCAUUUUGAUUUAAUUGUAACAAUACAACACUAUAUUAUCAACCGACCGCCUAAUAUGAUAAAAUAAAAAAUGUAUAUGGAACUUUUUAGAAAUAAAACUGAUACUUUAAUGGCCAAAAUUAGUUAGAUUUACUAAUUUAAGUUUAUAAAUGUAAGGUAAAAUAGACGCGGAGCUAAAAGUCCCCUAUAAUGUUAAAGUUAAUUUCUCUUGCAACUUGAAUACAAUUUGUGCAUUUAAGUAAUUCAUGUUUAAAAAAGUACUAUAAUAGUAUCGAUUUUUAUUUGAUGUUUGCCAAUGUUUAAAUAGCAAAACUAUUUUUUUUACAUAGAGAAAAUGAUAGAGUUCCUAAUGCAAAGCUCGUCAUUAAUUUAAAUUUGUUGAUUAUAUAAUAAUAUUGUAGGUUAUUUUUAACUAUAGCUUGGCAUGUAAGUUACACAUAAUAUCUUCGUUUUUGUCUUUUAAAGAAAAUGUAAAAAUUAUUUUAUUUUGUAGUUGCGUAAGUAACUUACAUCUUGUGCUCAAUCAAUACUUUUUUCAUAUCAUUGUAAAAUAUACCUACUCGGUAUUAUAGUGGUGCUGUUAAGUUUAAAAUCAAUGUAUUCUAGUCUACAAAAUGCAUUAAAUACUAUAAUAGAA